UCUAAUCUAAGGAGCUCUCUCCUUUUCUCUCUAUCUCUCUCCGAGAAGAAGGAAUAAUACCCUACCUUAUUAUUAUUAGGUUAUUGGAGAGAGAUAAAUGGGGAAAGUAGGGGGUGUGAUUCCAUUCUUAGCCAUGGCUAUUGUGCAAUCAAGCUAUGCUGGGAUGACUAUUACUUCAAAGCUUGCAAUACAAUCUGGCAUGAGCCCUCUUGUGCUUGUUGCUUACCGCCAAAUCUUUGCUACACUCUCCCUUGCUCCCUUCGCUUAUUGGUUUGAACGGAAUACACUUCCCUGUAUGACAAAACGUACCGGAUUACAGAUACUAAUAUCUUCCUUUACAGGAGUUACCGGAAAUCAAAUACUGUAUUUCGUUGGGCUAAAAUAUUCAACCGCUACAAUUGCAACUGCACUCACCAAUUUGCUCCCAGCUUUUACUUUCAUCCUUGCAGUCCUGUGCAGACAAGAGUUGUUGAGAAUGAAAACAAGGGCUGGGCAAGCAAAGGUGCUAGGGACAGUUCUAAGUGUUGGUGGAGCCCUUCUUUUAUCAUUUUACCAUGGAAAGCCCCUUGGUCUUGGGGAUUCAGGUAUUCACUGGAAAUUUGUACAAGAAAUGGACAGAUCAAGUUCCUCCACUACUCCAACCAAUUUGCUUCUUGGCCCUUUUGCUUUGAUUGCCAGUUCUCUUGUUUGGUCUGUGUGGUUCAUACUUCAAGCAGAAAUAAGCAAGAACUACGCAGCUCCAUAUACGAGCAGCCUGUACAUGUGUAUGAUGGCGAGCAUUCAGUGUGUGGCCAUCGCAUUGUGUUCUGACCGCACCGUCUCAGCUUGGUCACUAAACAAUCCCAUCAGACUCUCCUCUGCACUUUAUGCCGGAAUAGUAUGCACUGGGAUAGGGUAUGGGCUGAUGGCCUGGACCAUCGAAAGAAAGGGACCUCUCUAUGUCUCUGUAUUCACCCCUUUGACGCUUGUCAUCACAGCUCUUCUCACCUGGGCUCUGCUUCAUGAUCAACUCUACGUUGGAACUGCAAUUGGAUCUGUGAUUAUAGUUUUGGGACUCUAUGCUGUUCUGUGGGGAAAGAGCAACGAGAAGAUGAACAAGAAAGAGGGUGUUCAAGUGACAUCAGCAGAUUCGGAUUCAAUAGUCAAGGAUAAAGAAGACGAUGAUGACGAAAUGAGUGUAAUGGAAAUGCAGUGCUGUGACCAUUCCAAUUGUAACCACAAUAGUAAAUAAUAAUGCUCCAUGAAGAUGGAGGUAGAUUCAAUACUUAUAGUAUUGCAGAUGAAAUGCUCACAAAAGGCGCAUAAGACAUCUUUGUAGGUUAUAUCAGUUUUGAGGUGGCUAUAUAUUCACCCAAGCUGGUGCCACUUUGAAGCCUCAUGCAUGGAUGAGGGAAGAGGUGGUCAAGGGAUGUUAGUAAUAUAAUUAUACAUAUAUUUUACUUGAGAAGAAAA